AUGCUAUUAUAUUAUUUCGCGAGUGCUGUCAAGUCAAUACAGUUUCACGUGGACGAUGACAUCAUUGACAAACUCAAUUAUUACUACACAACUGCCAUUAUCACAGGUCAGUUGAUGAACACUCUAAAACCAGAGAUUAAAAACUGCGAGAAACCCAUGGCAAGUAAUGUAAAUCAGCCAGUUUCUGGAAGUAGAUCAUAUUUUUGCAAAUAUAGAUCAAAACAAAACUCGUUUUGUCACCACUAACAGGUGCUCGCAGACGUUUGAUACUAAUCUCAAUCUCAAUCUGAAAAAGAAGAGAAACAAAUAAAUCUUCAUCCGGUGAAUUAGAUCCCAUUAACCACGGUUCUUGAUCGCAUUGUAAACUAGGACAAACUAAACGAAACCAAUUGCAAAAUAGAAAAAUGAGUUAGGGCGUUACAAAGAUGUUUCCAAUUCAACAUGUGCUAUUCAUUGACAAAUUUGAAGCACAUGGAGGGAUAAUCGAAGAUCUCUGAUUUCUGAGUAAUUCAUUGAAAGUUGAAGGGAUCUGAAGAAUAAAAACGAAACCUGAGCCAAAAUGUCUUUUUUUCAGUAUUCGCGAUUCUGGUGUCAGCCAAACAGUAUGUCGGUGAGUCAUUUUCAUUUUUCAACUAAAGUUCUAGACACUUUGAAUAGAAAACAGUCAAAAUCUCCUCCCCUUAAGCCCCAAUCUUUUCAGGCUUUCCGAUCCAAUGUUGGGUGCCUGCCACGUUUACCGAACCCAUGGAACAGUACACAGAAAACUAUUGUUGGGUUCAAAACACCUACUUUCUACCGUUACACGACUACAUUCCACAUAACUAUGCAGAACGUGAAAAUCGCCAAAUCGGGUUCGCGUUUUCCAUGAAUUCUACCGAAAUAAUUGCGUUUUUUCAGGUAUUAUCAAUGGGUUCCGUUUGUGUUAGCUCUCGAGGCUCUUCUUUUCUAUGUGCCGACUAUUGUAUGGAGGCUACUCAGCUGGCAGUCAGGUAAUUUGUCAAACCAAGUUUCUGACAACAAGCAGAAAGAAAAUGUUGGGAUUUCGUUGUUUUCUAGCGGCAAAAAAAAAAUGAGAAAAUGCGAGAAGCAUCAAGAACGGCGUGAAGAACAACAAAAAUUUAUGCGUUAGGCUGGGCACCCCCCGUCGCUCCUUUUUUUCGUUUCCCUUACCUCAAGGGACCUCAAAAGAUACAUAAAUUUUGCCUACGUUCCUAUAUUUUAGCUACUUGUUGUUGUUUUUCGUGUAAAGCAUCAAGAGCAGGAAAGUUUAGAGGGAUAAAAUAAAAGAAUGAAUAAAUGACUAGAACAAUCAACAUUUUUAAUGUUUCAGGAAUUCACGUACAGUCAUUAGUUCAAAUGGCGUGUGAUUCAAGGUUGCUGGACUUGGAGUCAAGAAACAGGGCGUUACAAACUAUUGCCACUAAUGUCGAGGAGGCGCUUCACGUCAAACAUCAAGUGGUGAGUGCAUCUGAACAACUUCAAGCAGGAAACGUAUUCUUACAAAUGCAGCAUGAAUUCACGGGAACUCUGUGGUUUCUGAAUUUUCGGAAAAACUGAUUAUACUCAAAUUUAACCUGAAGAGUUCAAACAAACGAUAUUCAGAUGUCCGGAAAUCGUCUAAAGUUGCUCAACUUGAUCAUCUGUACACGGUCCUCCGGCGCCGCCGUCACCUUCCUCUACAUUUCCGUCAAAAUUCUGUACACGGUCAACAUUGUCGGUCAAAUCUUUCUCCUGAAUACGUUCCUCGGAAACCGUAGCAAAUGGUACGGUUUACAAGUUCUCAACGAUCUGAUGAACGGCCGCGAAUGGGAGGAAUCCGGCCAUUUCCCGCGAGUGACACUCUGCGACUUCGAGGUCAAAGUGCUGGGAAAUGUGCACCGACAUACGGUUCAAUGCGUUUUGAUGAUCAACAUGUUCAACGAGAAGAUCUUCCUGUUCCUCUGGUUCUGGUAUUUCCUUCUCGCCGGAGCUACCGUCUGCUCGCUUUUCUACUGGAUCUACAUCUCCGUCGUCCCGAGCAGGUUGGUUUUUGGUGAUUGGGGGAUGAAAAGCAAACAAAGCCAUUCAAAACUAACUGGGAUUGACAUCAUCAUUUGUCAAAAUUAGCUCUGGAGCUCAUUGGAUGACCCCAUUGCAUGCGGAACAUUGAGUUUUCUGAUAAUGUGCUUGUUAUUUUAUAGGCAACUCAACUUUGUUGGAAAGUAUCUGACCGGAAUCGAGGGAUACAAGAUGGUCGACUCACAAUCGCUUCGACGAUUUGUGUUCCACUUUUUGAGACAGGUGAGAUAGCUUUGAUUUGCAAAUGGAAUUUUUCUAUGAUAAGCUUGAAAAGCCAGUUUUUUGUUAGAGAUUCUCGGAACAUUACUUUAAACCAAGUUAUGUGUACUGUUCUAAUCAAUACAUUGUACAUUCAUAGAAAAAGACAUAGUAAAAUUAUUGUGGAUUGACUGAUUGCCGGUCACAAAAUCGAAGCUACGCAAUAAUUAAUUCCCGUAGAACAUUUGACAAAAUGAAAGUUUCAGGAUGGAGUCUUCCUUCUCAGGAUGGUGGCCACUCACGCCGGAGAGCUUCCAUGUUACGAAUUAGCGAAAACGUUAUGGAACAACUACUGUGACAACAAGGAGGGCAAGAUGCACGAUGUGUGA